AGCCCGGUCACGUGGGCGAGAAAAUGGCGGCCCCCAGAGGGCGCCGCGAGCGUCGCGGUUGGUGAAUUGAAGGUAGCGGCGGUGAGAGCGGGUGGACUCGGCGGUCUCGUCCUCCCGGAGCGCGUUUGGGCGUUUCGGCGGCAGGGAGCACGGUGCGUGGCCUGGGCCAGGCGGGCAGGUUCUGGCACCCGGGAGCCCCCGCUUUCAGCUCAGGUGGGGCUGCGGAAGGCCCGUGGGCAGGAAGGCGCAGCGCGCCAUGGUGACAGAGCAGGAAGUGGAGGCCAUCGGCCAGACGCUGGCGGACCCCCAGCAGCCCCUGCAGGCCCGCUUCCGGGCGCUCUUCACCCUCCGCGGGCUCGGGGGUCCCGGAGCCAUCGCCUGGAUCAGCCGGGCCUUUGGCGACAACUCCGCCCUGCUCAAGCAUGAGCUGGCGUACUGCCUGGGCCAGAUGCAGGACCCCCGGGCCAUCCCUGUGCUGUUGGACGUGCUGCGGGACACCCGGCAGGAGCCCAUGGUGCGCCACGAGGCCGGCGAGGCCCUGGGGGCCAUCGGGAACCCCGACGUUCUGGAGGUCCUGAAGCAGUACUCCUCCGACCCUGUCAUCGAGGUGGCGGAGACGUGCCAGCUGGCCGUCCGGCGGCUGGAGUGGCUGCAGCAGCACGGCGGGCAGCCGGCGGCCGCAGGGCCCUACCUGUCCGUGGACCCCGCUCCUCCCGCCGAGGAACGCGACGUGGGGCGGCUGCGGGAGGUGCUGCUGGACGAGGCCCGGCCCCUCUUCGACCGCUACCGAGCCAUGUUCGCCCUGCGGGAUGCCGGCGGCGAGGAGGCCGCCUUGGCGCUGGCCGAGGGCCUGCAGUGCGGCAGUGCCCUCUUCCGCCACGAGAUCGGCUACGUCCUGGGCCAGCUGCAGCACGAGGCGGCCGUGCCCCAGCUGACGGCGACCCUGGCCCAGCGGGCUGAGAACCCCAUGGUGCGGCAUGAGUGCGCCGAGGCCCUGGGAGCCAUCGCCCGGCCUGCCUGUCUGGCCGCCCUGCGGGCCCACGCGGCCGACCCGGAGCGCGUGGUGCGGGAGAGCUGCGAGGUGGCCCUGGACAUGUACGAGUAUGAGACCGGGUCAGCCUUCCAGUAUGCCGACGGGCUGGAGCAGCUGCGGGCAACCCCCUCCUAGAGCCGCCCGCCUGCCCUGUGGGGCUCGGCACGAGAGCUUGUGCGACUAGGUCCAGCUUCCCCGUCCCCCAAGCUGUCUGCUUGGCCCGAUCUGGCUGCUUUUGCAUCCUGACUCCCCCGAGGCCAGCCGGAGGUGUCCCGUGUCCCCCACGGAGGGGGGCCUGGCACAGGGCUGCACACCCAGGUUUCUGCUUAUGGGAUUGGGGUAUUGGCAUGGGAGCGGGAGUCUGAGGGGUUGUUGGGAUUGGGGUUGCCCUGACCCAGCCUCUUGAGGAACCAGGGGUGCCCUGAAAGGCGCUGUGGGCAAACCCAACCCCACUGGGCCUGGGCAGAGGCUGGGGCUUCCAAGGGUUGCCCCUGGGGCCUCUGACUCCCCAGCCCGGGACUAGGCAGGGUGGGGAGGUUGUUAGAGGCUCGGGGGCUGGGGAGGGACAAGCAGACCCCAGGGUCCAAAUGAACUAUUAAAUUAUUUUGACCAAGA